AUGCCGCGGUCGUCCAAGACCCGAGUCUCCUACUCCAUAAGAGAAGACUAUGGGGACCGUCAACUCCAUCGCUCGGGCAUCAACGCUCUCGCGCUCGACGAGACGACCCCGACAGAACCGGACGGAGCACCCGGAGGCAUUCUGUUCACAGGAGGGAGGGACACGAUAGUGAAUUCAUGGGACUGCCACAUCGAUUUCGCAAAGCAGAACCAGCUCGCGGAACAACGGGAAGCGAGAUGGCGCGAACGUCACUCACGAAUGGAAAAGGACCGCGUCGACUCGUAUUACGGGUCGCCUCAGCAGCAGAGCCUCAGUGUAGGAGGGGGCAGCGGAGCGUCGAGGGAGGUCUCAUCGUGGUCGAGGGCGAGCGCUCGACGAAACAGAACGCAAGUGACCUCAAAGUUUGCGGCGUCGUCUCGACAUUCGAUGAUCUAUCCCUCCGAUGAACCACAGAGAGAGGGGGGCAGUAACAGACACUCGAUGGUGGACUCCCCUGCAGCGCUGGAUACGGUGGGGCAGAUGCUUGGAGACCAUUCUAUCUCAUCGUCACCACCCAGUUCUCCGAUUUCACCAAUCAGUCUGCAGGACAGAAAGGAUUGGGGGGAUCACCGCGAUGCUCGGAUGGAGACCGACCGGCGUCCGGCGAAUGGGCUACAUAUACAUCAUCAAGUCGAUUUUGCAAAGAGGGAGACGGGUUUGACUAGAGACAAACGGAGCAUUACGUUUGGGGGGUCGCCUGCGUCGCAUCACAACUUUGCGCUGAUGAGUAGGAGUGAGUCGGCGAUGAGCGUGGAUAGGGGACCGAAGCACCACAGAUUUUUAGGGACAUCCACACCACCAACGACGUUAAGACGCACGUAUCAACACCACAGCGACUGGAUAAACGACUUAGUCCUCUGUAACAACAAUCAACAUAUAAUUUCCGCCUCGAGCGACCGGACCGUGUGUAUCGCCAGCACAACAACGCAAAACAGCAUGCCGCACAUCAUCGGUCAUCACUAUGACUAUGUCCGUUGCUUAGCGUAUUCCCCGCAUCGCGGCUGGGUCGCGUCUGGGGGGUUGGACCAUCGGAUUCUGCUGUGGGAUUUGGGCGAGGGCCGGGGGCCGGUGGGGACACUGUCGAUAUCGGAGACUCCUGAAGUUCUGCUCAACGAGGAGUCCCCGACCGCAUCCAUCUACUCGCUUGCUUGCAACCCCGGAGGCUCCGUACUGGUGUCAGGGUCACCGGAUAAGUGCGUACGCGUGUGGGACUUCCGCGCAGGCAAGAACGUUAUGCGCUUACAAGGACAUACCGAGAACAUUCGCUCCCUGCUUGUCAGCGACGAUGGUCGACGGGUCCUUUCAUCUUCCUGCGACUCCACAGUCAAAAUGUGGUCCCUAGAAUCCCACAAAUGCAUGCACACAUAUUCGCAUUUCGAGGACUCGGUGUACUCUCUCUACUCCACGGACCCCGAUCUGGAUACCUUCUGGACGGGCGGCAAGGAUGGAUGGGUCACAAAGGUGUCAAGGUCAAAGACGCUGGAUACGUCGGAUGAUCUGCUGGAGGUCGUGGCGGUUUGCAAGGAGGAUGGGCCGGUGCACAAGGUGGUUGCUAUAAACGAUCUGUACAUCUGGACAGCGACGUCUAAUGCGAAAGUGAAUCGCUGGCGCGACAUCCCCUUCCAGCACACCGACUUCCUAGAAUCCGGGCGCACCUACGACCCCGCCGACGAGUCGGAACGCGUCAUCAUCCCCCGCAAAGCCAUGCUAACCAUCCCGCACUCCAAAGACCUCGACGAAGCCAGCACCCUGCGCAGCUACCGCCCCUUCUCGAUGAACGCGAGCGAGCGCAUGUCGUUGUUUAAUCGACGGAAGGAUGCGGCUACUUCGGUUUAUGCCAUGUCGAUGGAUGUGUUGAGGCCGGAUACGGCGCCGGCUGUGGAACCUGCGUGGAAGGAGCCUGAUGGUGUUAUCAAAGGCACACCGGGAAUCAACAGAUUCGUGAUGCUAAACAACAAACGCCACGUCCUUACCCAAAACACCGCCAACGAGGUCGUGCUAUGGGACAUUGUGCGCUGCGUCAAGCUGCAGGCAUUCGAUUGCACGUUCACUGAAGCGCUGGAGAAAUGUCAAAACCCGAUUGAUUGGGUGUCGCAGUGGUGCUCGGUUGAUAUACAUAAUGGGUCGCUUGUUGUGCAUCUUGACGAAGCGCGAUGCUUUGAAGGCGAGAUAUUCCAUGAGGACAGCGGUGUGGAGGAGCCGCCGGAAGCCGAGGAGCAGAGAAUCAACAUCGGUAAAUGGGUUCUAACCCUCCUCUUCCAGGCCUUCACCGCAGCGUACCAUCUCCCUGCAGACGACAGCGCUAGUUCAGGUGAUGCGGACGUUGGAAGGCAGCCACUGGGAAGGAGGGACGGAGUCGAAAGCGAGGAAUCGUCCAACGAGGCAAGCCUUCCUGCACGGCUGAGCUUGGAAACGGCGAUGACGGAGGGUGGGAUCGUUGAAGAACGUCCGAAUGAUGCGGUUGGGGAGGUCCCAAGAACGUCGCUACAAAAUCUAGGUCAUGAUAGCAUACCCGAAGAUCGGGAACCAGGGAUGCCGCCGCGGAAUCGCGCGGGAGGGUCAAGUCAAGCCAUCAUUGCUGUCCCGCCGCCGCCUAUGAGCGAUCCACCACCUGAAGCGUUCAGCCAGGCGUCGUCGAUGCAUUCGCUGUACAAGCAAGCGCAGGGUCAUGUCCAGGAACUGGAGCCGAUUCAUACUAUCGAGGCCGCGGAAGCCGUCCCAGCAAAAGUGUCACCUCUACCGCCGUCCCCCGAGUUUUCGCGGUCGCGACAGACUUCAGCUACAUCGUCGAAAGGGCCGGAACGGAACGCAUCGCUCAUGGAUAAGUUGAAGACGCACGUUAGACGACGAGCGAGUUCCGUCCGGAGCGACGAUCUGAAGACUGCGAAUCUCCGACCUGUUGAAAAGGACAACAACAAGCAAGGCGCCGCGGGUAACUUGACUCAUCUCCGAACCAGCAGCAACGGGCCCGAUCCAGCAGACGACAAGCGACCCCACACACCCUCGAACCCCGACUCCGCCUCCCUCCAAAGCACUACCACCCCCGCCGUAGUAUCAACCCCACACGAACCCCGCGACUCGUCCCACACCACCCAACCCUCCACCAGCUCCCUCUCCGACUCCCUCGACUCCCUCCACGGUCGCCCCAACCUUCCCAAACGCACCGACUCCGCCCACGCAAUCAUCCUCCCCCCGCGCACUCUCUUCGCCUCCGGCUUCCUCAACCCUGACGAAACCCCGCACAUCUCCAUCCCCCCCACCGUGCGCGUCAUCAUCAGCGUCGAGGAGUCGGAGGAGGCCGCGGCGUUCUUGGAUGUGUAUAGAGGCAAAGUGGGGGAUAUGGGAGGGAUGGGGGAGGUGGAGAAGUUGCAGGCGGUGCUGCCGACGUGGGUAUUUGAGGCGGCGGUGCAGGGGAAGGCGGUAAUGCCGAAGGAGAAUGUGAAGGUGGCAUUUAUGUUGUAUCCGAUGCCGGGGAAUUCAGGGCCGGAUAUUCCUAGGAGUGGAACACGCUUAAGCGCCAACCGCAUGCUCAAAAUGCGCAAACUGAUGGGUUUUGUCGUUGAGAAACUCGGCCUCGCGCCAUCUCCCGAGCAGCGCCGCCAGAACCCUGAAGCCGCCGGAGAGUUCAACCCUGAGGAUUUCGUUGAGAUUCUUUGUCAGGAUAAGGUCGCACACCCGAACAUGACCCUCGGCGCGGUCAAGCAUCAUCUCUGGAAAGGCGGGUCCGAGCUGAGUUUGUUCUUUCAGCGGAAGCAGGGCAUUGCGGGGGAUCCCGCUGUUUGUCGGUGA